AUGGAACUCUACAUAUUUCGUCAUUCUGAUUAUUUACGUCUUUAUAAUUGUACUCCCGAGAUUAUUAAUGAAAUGGAACAAUUCUCAAAAUAUGGGGACUCUUCUACUCCAUCAUACCAUAUUGAAAGUAUUAUAAUAAUUCUACUUGGAAUUUUGUCUUAUUUAUUUUAUUUACCUUGUAUUUGUGUUAUUUGGAGAUAUUCUUUUACUCAAAGUUGUUAUAAAUUGUUGUUAUAUAUUGGAUUUACCGAUUUAUUAAAUAUUUGUGUUUGUGGAUUCCUUCAUGCAUUUUUAGCUUUACAACGAGCUUCCUUUUGUAUUUAUCCAAAUUUAAUUUAUUUUGCUGGCAUGAUUGGAGUUUGUAUGUAUUUUUAUGAUUAG